AAAUCUCAAAAAUGUCAAUCAUACCGCGAUCGCGAGGUUCUCCAUCCUCGAAAAUCUGCGAAGUUUGUGGCCUAGAGGGCCACGGACUACAUUUUGGAGCAAUCACAUGCCGAGCCUGUGCGGCGUUUUUCAGACGUGUUGGCGCUGGCGCCCGAUUUACCAUUGAAUGUCAAGUGGGUGACGAUCGAUGUGAAAUCACCUCAAAUGGAAGGUCGUGUUGUAAGAAAUGUCGUUUGAAAAAGUGCAAAGACAUUGGAAUGAUCGUAAAAAAUUUCCAAUACAACCGUGACCCCUAUAACGCCGAAAAAAUUGCCCCAUCGAUGACGUCAUUUCUGGGCAGACCUCAAUGCAUUUUGUCCUGUGAUCCUGAAACAGCAGCGUCUACGUCAACCGCUAACUUUAUUGAUUUAUCGGAAAUAAUUGAUAAAGUUAACAAAAUUUUGUCACAGGACACACAAAUCCCUCAUUCCCCCAGACAAAAUCGUCUGCAGAAAUUGGUGGCAACUUUUAAUUCAGGAAGAUUUUCACAUUGCAUGGAGGAAGAUUUAAAGGAGCUCACAACGAUAGGCUUCAAAGAAUCCAUGAGCUUUUGGGAAUCUAACAUCCUUAUGACUGCAAACUGGUUGACCCAUUUUGACGAGUUUCAGGAAUUGAAUCAAAAUAUUAAGCUAGAAUUUUUAAAAAUAAUUUGGAGCAUAUGGGGAAGGCUGGAGAAGUUGGCUCAGAAUGCACUUUUCCAUCGGAGCUAUAAUAAUAAUGAUACCUCGAAGCUUUUAGUGGGUGAUGAUGGGAUUGUGGAUAGGAGGAAUGUGAAAUUGGACAUUGGAUGGCUCACGGAUUACUCGGUGGAGCAAUUUGCAUACUAUAUUGAAAGCCGCAGAGAUGGAGUUCUGAACAAGCCGCUUCAAGCCAUGAUCGACCUGAACCCAACCGACAUUGAGCUCAACUACAUGCUGGCUCAGCUCUCCUUUUCCUAUGCUUCAAAGCAUUUCCCUGGUGAAGGAAAUAAACUGGAAAUUGCGGAGCACCUUCAACAACUGAUUGCCGACGAUUUGCAUGCCUACUAUACAGAAGAGCUGAACAUGACAAGCUACUCGGAUCGAAUAUUGAAAAUGAUGAAAGUGAACAAUAUGUUGCAGAGGCUGAUGUGGGAACGGAGGGAGAAGCUGAAAAUUGCACGAAUGUUUGACAUUUUUAAAGUGGAAUUUUCGGACCCGGAAUUGUUUAGAGAUACUCUUUGAAAUUUCCAGAAAACAUGUAUAAAAUUUUUUAUUU